CUGGAGAGGGUUCAACAAAUAAUAUAUUCCACAAAAUGGCAAAUUUGCUUAAACAUAUUAAAAUGUUACCACUUAAGGAAAGAUCCUAUAUAUUAAACAGAUGUCUCUAUAUAAAGAAAAUUAGCAUUCUAAAUGGACACACAAGCGAUGAAGAUCUAAUUGCUAUCCACGGAAAUGGAUUCCCGAAUCUUAUAGAAUAUAAAAAUUUCAACAGUGAAUCUUUACAAAAAAAUAUUAAGCACUUAGCUCUUUUCACCAUCAUAUUGACAACCUUCAUUUCACUCAUUUUUUCCAACAAUGGUGGCUUAUUUUUCAAUGAUAUAAGUCAUAAUUUUUUUACUUUAAAAGAAUUUUCCAAAUUUUGGUUGACAAAAAUUAAGAAAUACAAUCUUGAUGAGGAAUAUUGCACUGUCGAAAGCCCAAAUUAUUUUGCCGAUGUAUUUAGACCUCCCGUCAAUUGUGAAAAAUGUAGGAACAUUUCUGGCAUACCUAAAAUAUCGAAUAUCACUCAGCUACAAUUUGAAUUGGAAUACGCAUAUUCAUUGCAACCCAUUGUCAUAACGGAUGCUCAAAUAAAUUGGACGGCCAAAAAUACGUUUAAUUUGGAAUUCUUUAAGAAUGUAUACAAAGAAGGGAGUCCUGUUUUAGAGAAAUCAGAGAAAAACUGUCAAUUUUUUCCGUAUAAAACAGAAUUUAAAAGCUUGGUCCAAGUUUUUAACAUGUCUAAAGAAAGGGCUAAAUUGGAAGAUAACUCGAAACCUUGGUAUGUUGGAUGGAGCAAUUGUGAUCCUGAAGCAGCGAAUAUCCUGAGAAAUCAUUAUUCUCGCCCAUACUUCUUACCAUCUGAGUCAGAGUCAAGUCGUACAGAUUGGAUUUUUAUGGGAAGUCCGGGAUACGGAGCUCAUAUGCAUAUUGAUCAUGUGGGUAAACCUUCAUGGCAAGCUCAAAUAGGAGGUUACAAAAAAUGGAUGUUAGAACCACCACCAGAAUGUUACUUAGUUUGUAAAAAUUUGGAGGUUAUAAUUAAUCCUGGAGAAACAAUCGUUUUAGAUACAAAUAAAUGGUACCACAUGACAUUGGUAAUUGGAAAUGAUAUGAGUAUAGUGAUUGGUUCUGAAUACGAUUAAUUGCCAUCUUUCAUAACGCUUAAAUUUAC